AUGUCAGAAGGGUACGAAGAACCCACAGACGCAGCCACCUCUGUCCUAAAGUCUGCUAGUAUCGAUAACCUGCCUCCCGAGAUCCUGUCGCAGAUCUUUUGGCAUCUUCCGCGUCUAUUCGACGAUAUUCACACACCGGUACCGCCAUGGGCUGUCGUACUUCGUGUAUGCCACAAGUGGCGCGAAGUCUCUACUGCAUACGCCGAUCUGUGGACGCUCAUACCUCUCCGCACCACUCAGUGGACAGAACUCGCCCUCCGUUUAUCGAAUCCAUGCCCCAUCACCAUCCACUUCCCUGAUCCUGUUGAGCACUUCCACCGAGAGCCGAUAUACGCCGCGAUGAACCAAUGCGAGAGAUCGUACUCUCUGGACAUCAGGCAGAGGUUCGUGGGCGGGACAAUGCCGGAUUUCGACUUCCAACGCGCCGUUCUCAACGCCAUGCGCAAUCGACCACCAAUCAAUGCCCAGAGUUUUUCGUUAUCUCUCGCGUCGCUCAUUGAAUCAGAAGAUAUCACUUUCCUCGCUCCGUCUCAAGUCCGUUACCUACGGCUCACAAAGUGUCUCUUCUCUAUAGACUUCAUCUUCCCGCCGAACCUAGUGGCGCUGCGAUUGGAAUUCACAAUCUUCGACGGAUGGACCUUUGACCAUCUCAGAAAUCUGCUAUCUUCCUUUCCUCUCCUAGAGGAGCUUGCCCUUAUAUCAUUCACGGUCAAUACCGACGUGUACCAGCUUAUAACAUCCUCGGCCAUUGAACCUGUCACCUUGCCACACCUGAAAACCCUGCACCUCAUCGCCGAAAUAGAUUGGCUGGUCGUAUAUCUCACUCUCAUUGAUAUACCUCCGCAUACACAUCCGUCGCUGGAUGUCUUAUGUCUCGACUCUCGCCCAUAUCCGGCAUGGUUCACGACUCCCCGCCUCAGCGCGGACCAGAGUUACGCUUUACUCGUCCCCCUUCUGGCGAGACACGUGCGCGCGAGCGCUCUCCAUGAAGAUCUUCAUAUCCACUUCAAGACACGAGCAGAGGAAGGAUCGCCCAUUCGACUGUCUGUGUCCACGUCGGAGAGCAUCAAGAUCUCUUGCGGCCUACCCCCCAACCCUUCCGCCCUGUCCGACCUGUUACCAGAUACCGCGCGCCGAGCGUCGCUCAUAUGCGAAUCCACCCUCCCAUCGUUGACUUUACCUGCCAUCAUGUGGAGGACGUCGCCGUACUUGGACAGCAUGACGCUCCCCAGCCUUCGCCCUCUCUCGUCCUGCUCGCUCAUACGCGACGGCAACACAGAUCUUCCCAAAUUGCGCGAAAUCGUGUUCACUGAACCGCUGGACAUGAGCCGCGGCGGGGAUGAGUCUACGUUUCAGGAGCUGCUGUUGUUGCUGCGCAACACGUUCGUCACAGUCCACUUCGAAGAUUGGGUCAAGCUCGACGGAGAUCAGAAGUGGACUCUCGAGUGCGAGUAUCCUUCCAGAGUUACCGGUUCUCCUCUCGUAUUCACUCAGCCCUGA